AAUCAGCGCACGAGCGGGAUGGCGGAAUCGCCGCCGCGGCCGCACUCCGCAGUGUAUACGUACGUGCACCGUGCGGGUUUGCUUUGUACGCGCUGAUCCACGGCGCGAGUCGCCGGGUGUUCGGGGUGAGUCGCGCGGAUUCGGGACAUCCGGGAGUCGCGACGCGGUGACGCGCGCACUGCGCUUCGCGAGCUGCGGGAUACCGUCGUCGUCGUCGUCGGUCAUCGCGGUUCGCGUCUCGACGGGUUAUCGCCAUUUCGCGAGCGCGGCGGUGACGGCGUCGAGAACGACGGCGCCGACGGGGACGACGCUGGCACGGCGGACGCGACGCUGCCGCGCCGUUGAGCCGACCGGGACGCGCACGGCGAUGAGGAAGAGCUGAGUGCGGCUCGCUGUCGAUCGUCGGGCGCACGAGAGAUGAGCGGGUCGCGACUUGGCAGAGGCCGGGCCGGCCGCCUAGCUGUGUACGGAGUUUGCGGAGCGGUGGUCAUCCUUCUGGUAUACCUCUACCGCGCCGCCACUUCGGAGAUGGCCAGGCUUCGUGAGCUUCACGAACAGUGCGCCCAUCAGCAGGAGGCCCUGGCUGCUCAACUGCAAGUAAUAUUCGAGUACAAAGUUCGGCUGGAAAAAUCCUUGGCCGAGGAGAAGAGCUCGAACGUCGCGGUGAAGCAAGAGUUGCAGCAGCGCGCCUCACGGGAGAAGUCGUUGCGCGACAAGGACAGCGUGGAGGCGUUGCAGAGAUUCAACUCGCUCCAGCAGACUUACAAGCUCCUGCAGACGGAGCACCAGGAUCUGCAGGAGGAGUGUAAGAAGCGCGAGAAGCAGACGCUGGAGGAGACGAACAGGCUGGAAACGACGUUGCAGGAUCUACGCGGUCGCAUUCGGCAGUCACAGGACAACAAGGAGCUCCUCGAGAGCUUGAAGACUAAGUACCUGGCGUUAGAUACGGAGAAGACCAAUCUCGAAGAAAAGUACAACGAAUUGAUGAUAAAUAACGGCAAUAGCGAUAGUAUUAUCGAUCACCUCAAGAAGGAGAUUUUCCAACUCAAGCGUGAAUUGCAGAGCAGCAAGAGAUCGCACAGAAGCACACCUCCCAUUCCAGUCGUGGUGAGCUCCCGGCUAGCGGCGUCGCAAGCGACGUUGCGGAGGGAAGACUCGCAGCCGAUCCCGGCGCCGCAGCAGCAACAGCCACAGCCACAGAGCAUGGUGCGCGACGCUGUAAGCUCGCGGAAAGCGGAGAACACUACCGCGGCGAGCCCGGUGUCACCGUCGCAAGCGGACCGGGUCGCGCCGCUACCAAUUAAAUCGCUGUCAAAAGUUAAACUGCCAGCCGGCGUGCUACCGAUCCCGGAGAUUAUCGAGCCGAAAAUCGAGGAGAAGCGUCAGGAGGAUGUGCGCAAGCGAGACGACACGGCGGCUCGCAACGAUCCGCCGGCGCCGCCGCAGUCGCAUAAACUUGCUCCGGUAAACGCGAUCGGCAGCAAGGAAGAGAAGGAAGAGGUGGUCGAGGCCGGCAACCUGGACCCACCGUUCGUCGCGAAUCCGCCGGCCGCGGGACACCACGGUGAACAGGUCGCCGACAGGCGAGCGAACGAGGGCGGCUGGUUCAGAGUGGGACCCGGAGUGCAGGAAGUCGGCGAGGAAGUCAAUCAGUUGGGUCGAAUUCCUGGAUUGGAUGACGGGCAGGUGAACGGCGGUGACGAUCAGUACGAUGGCGGUGAUUACGACAAGGAGCCUCAGCAGAAGAACGACAUUCGCUUGGCCGAGGGCGAGGACGAGGGAGAAGACGAGGGCGACAUGCUCGAGUAUCCGCAUAAUUUGAAGCAAGGAAAGCGGGAGUAAAGCCAGCGGCCUUCCGAAUGUUUUUUACGCAAAUCGGCUGAGGCGAUCGAACAAUACCGACCUGACUUGGCCUGAUCUGAUCGGCGUCUACUACGAUGUCGAAUCUAAUUAUAGCGAGGUUAUUCAUUGUAUUAUAAAUGUGCACCAAUCAUUCGACGGCAUCUCGGCGUCGAACGUCGACGGGGAUGCGAUUUCGUUACUCUCACGUUUGGACGCGCGAAAUUUUACGCGAGAUUUUCAGCCGAGUAAUAUCGAUCUAACAAGGGAAGGGUUUUAGGUGUUACACUCGGAUUUCAAAAAUUUUUUGCAUGCAGGUAGGGAGGUCCCCAAAUAGAAAAAAAAA